GCUGUGAACUUGUUCACCCUUCCCCUUUCUUCAAUCUCACUCCUAAACACCCCUUUUCUCUUUCUCACUACUUCCAAUCUUCCCCUAACCAUCUGUUUUUUCUUCCCGAUCUAUUAAUUUUGACUGGAUAAUGAUGUAGAUAGAGAAUAAAAAAGAGACUAGUGUGCAGUGAGAAAAGUUUUAGUUGGUCACUCUUCUUCUUGUGGAAACAAACUUGCUUAGUUUGGUUGUGUUGUGUGGGUUGUUUAGUUCUGUAUGUUGGAAUUGUUUCAUGGGUGAAGUUGGAGAAGAGGUGUUAAAACUUAAGGAACAACACAUGGAUGUUAAUGGAGAUAAGUGGUUGAAUAGUAGUUGCUCACAGUGCUGUGCAAAUUGGCGCCGUUUAAGUCACCCGAAUUUCUGUUCAAUGGCUCCGCUUAAGUGAAAAAAAAAAAAUAUUGUCCUCUCAGUUUCUUUCUUGAGAUCUUUAUAGACAUUGACUAACAAUAAAGGGAUCAAAUUUAAGUACCUUGAUCUAAUAAGAUCCGUGCUUUUAGUAGUACUCAUCAUGAAGAGACUUGGCAGCUCCGAUUCUUUGGGUGCUCUCAUGACGAUUUGUCCAACAGCAGACGAACACAGUCCGAGGAACAACCACGUGUAUGGUAGGGAGUUUCAGUCGAUGUUGGAAGGGCUAGAUGAAGAAGGGUGUGUUGAAGAAUCAGGGCAUCACACUGAGAAGAAACGAAGACUAAGUGUGGAUCAGGUGAAGGCUUUGGAGAAGAACUUUGAGGUAGAAAACAAGCUGGAACCUGACAGAAAGGUGAAGCUUGCUCAAGAGCUCGGUUUGCAACCAAGACAAGUAGCCGUUUGGUUCCAAAACCGUCGAGCUAGGUGGAAAACAAAACAAUUAGAAAGAGAUUAUGGCGUUCUCAAAGCCAAUUAUGAAGCACUUAAGCAUAACUAUGACACCCUCCAACAAGACAACGAAGCCUUACUCAAAGAGAUUAAGGAAUUGAAAUCGAGGCUGCAGGAAGAGAACAAUGAAAGCGAUGCUUCGGUUAAAGAAGAGAUGAUAACCCUGCCAGAGUCGGAAUACAAGAUGAUGGAAACCGCCAUUCCUGGAUCCGACUCAAAGGAAUUGAAUUAUGAAUGCUUUAACAAGAGUGAUGAAGUGGGUGGUGCUUCGCUUUUCAAAGACGGUUCUUCAGACAGUGACUCUAGCGCGAUCUUGAACGAAGAGAACCAUAGUCCGAAUAACGCGGCGAUUUCUUCAUGUGGGGUUCUUCAAAGUCAUGAGCUUUUGAUGUCCCCUGGGUCGUCUUCGCUUAAGUUCAAUUGUUCCUCGUCGUCUUCGCCUUCGUCCAUGAACUGCUUCCAGUUCCAGAAACAGUACCCGACACAGUACGUGAAGAUGGAAGAACACAAUUUCCUCAGUGCAGACGAGGCUUGCAAUUUCUUCUCAGAUGAACAACCACCCACACUGCAGUGGUACUGUUCCGACGAGUGGAGUUAAUACAAACAAAAAUUUAAAAAUAAGGAAGAAAUAGAAGAAGAAGAAGAAACUGCCACCAACUUCAUGGGUUUUAAAAAAAAAGACAUUUUGCAGGGUGGGUGUAUAGUAAUGGAAAGAAAGAUUGUAAAAAUGAAUGAAUGAAUGAAUUGGGUUGGGUUUGGCAUGGUGAAGACGAGAGAGGAAAUUGAAGAAAUUGAGAGAGGAGAAAGAGUUGAAGGACGCAUGGCGUGGGGUCGGGAUGAGAGGUUGAUGACGAUUAAGGUUAAUAAUAAUCAUCAAUCUCUCGGCCGUGCGGGGAAGGGGUAAUUUAUGAAUAAUAAUAAUAAUGAUUAGGUGGUAAUGAGAUCAAAUCUAUGCUGUAAAAAUUUUGGAGUUCAUGCCUAGAAAAUUUAUAAUGUUCUUACAGAUCCAUAAUUGC